AUGGCCAGGCUAUUAUUAUUUUCCCUCCCAGGUCUUGUGGCCAUAUGUGCCGUGCAUGGAAUAUUUAUGGACAGACUUGCUUCCAAGAAACUGUGUGCAGAUGACGAGUGCGUGUACACUAUUUCUCUGUCCCGAGCUCGAGAAGAUUACAAUGCCCCAGACUGCAGGUUCAUUAAUGUUAAAAAAGGACAGCAGAUUUACAUUUACUCAAAGCUGGUGCAAGAAAAUGGAGCUGGAGAAUUCUGGGCUGGCAGUGUUUAUGGAGAUGACCAUGAGGACGAGAUGGGCACCCUGGGCUAUUUUCCCAGCAGCGUGGUCGAGGAGCAACACGUGUACCAAGAAGCCACCAAGGAAGUCCCCACCACGGAUAUUGACUUCUUCUGUGAGUAA